AUGGCCUCCUACAAUGUCAACGUCGCCGCGUGCAACUUGACGAGACCGUUCGACCCGCGACGCGAAAACUACGAAAUCUUCGCCCGAAUCGUCAACGGCUACCUGACAGCUAUUUGCGUGCUGCUCGGGACGAUAGGAAAUUUGCAUGGAAUCAAGAGUGUGCAGAAUGCGCAUCUCGAUAAGAAUCGUGGCGUCGUACUGGCCGUCUCGAUGAUGGCGCUAGCCGUCUGGGACACCAUUUUGCUAUGGUGCGCCUUCUUCUACUACGGCGCCAAAAAGCUGCACGGCACCGAGACGUCCGACGCGCUGACGAUAAUCCAGCCCUGGUUCCACGCGUUCAGCCAGAUUGCCAAUACGGCAUCGAUCUGGUGCGUCGUAUCGAUCACUACGCAGCGCUACAUGGCGACACGGGACCCGUUUCGAUCGAAUAGGGCCACAAAAGUCGUGCAUUCCUUCCGCUCGGAUCGCCGUGUUUCGGCGCACACAUUUUUGCUGUGUUCGACUUACCGUCGGUUAUUCCGGUUACCGGUUUUGUUGAGCGUGCUCGCAAUCGCCGUCAACUUCCCGGCCUUUUUCGAGCUGGGCACAAAGGUGUGCUGGUUGGUGCCGGAGAAGCGGCUGUCAUUAAAGCUCCAAGUGAACGCGUUCCGCACCGACCCUCGGUACAUGUUUUGGUACAAGCUGUUGUUUCGGAUGCUUGUCACUUCGAUUGGCCCGAACUUGUUCAUAUUGUUUUUCACGUUGCUCACCAUCUAUCUGCUCAAGGGGAGCAACCGAUCACGACGUCAGCUUUUCCACAUGAGCGACUCUUUGUUAGAUCGAUAUUCAUCAAGGAGCUUGUCGUUUGCGAUCGACAUCAUGGAAAUUGCGGGUGUUUUUGCGUACCCGGGCACGUACGCCUACUACCUGUACGGGCUGGUCGACAUGAGCAACCUGUUCAUCCUCCUCAACUCGGCCACCAACUCGCUGAUAUUCUUGAAGGGCUCCAAUUGGCUGAAUGCAAAGAUUGUUGAGAGGAAGACGAUGAAGCGGAAAAAGACGAUAUGUGAUAAUGGUCAAAUCUUCGGCGAUCGCCUGCACUUGCUGACCAGCUCGUGGCGAGAAGCUCAAAGGAUGACCAAUGGACAGAUUGGACUUCGUGUGCUCUACAGUAUGCUGAGGAAGCAUCCAGCGCUUUUUGAUGUCUUCCGCACCCCGUCCACUUUCCUCCACCAGUCCGGCUACACGGCCAAGAAUGAGGAGGACGCCGGGCUGGAGCGCUCGAACGGCAGUCGCCGCAGUUUUGACCUCAUCACGAAUCCCAGAUACCAAGAAGUGGCCGACCGGAUCACCGGGUUCAUCACCGAGAUCCUGGAGAUGAUGAACACCGGCCAGCCGGAACAGUACAUCAUGAUGCGCAUCCGACGAGUCGGAGCCGUUCACUUUGACAAGAACAUCCACUUCCCCUCGUCGGUGUGGCGCGAGUUCAAGUCCAGCCUGCUGACCAUCAUCGCCGAGUGCCCGUACGAGUCGCAGGAGGAGCGGCUGAGCACGCUGGAGUCGUGGAACACCUUCACCGCGCUCAUCAUCCGCGAGAUGAAAAUGGGCAUUCUGGCCAUCGGCGAUGCCGUCGGCAGCAUGAGC